AUGGCCUUAACAGAAUCCUUCUAUCCGAACAUAUCUUCCUCAUUCUUAGCAGAAUCUGACACAGCUCUCCUAGACGUUCUCACAAGCCCUCGAUGGCAAGGCGUGCAGAAAUUCUCGAGAAGGGAUGCCGCUUUGGACCCAUUAUUGCUUGCAGUAGCAGCCUCUGCAGGUACCCACACCACUCGAAAUCAUUAUCAUCAUGAUUUCUUUCCCGGUGCCCAAGCCGAUGCCCCCGCGCGAGGCAAACGGGCUGCAGAGGACACAAACAAGCAUCAGGAGCGUAAGCGCAUGUCAUACGUGAGCAGGCAAGGCCCUCGAAGACUGCGUGUGCAGCCCGCAUCUUCUCCGCAACCAGCCAUAACCUCACAAGUCAAUUCGCUGGCUGGACCACCCACAUCCUUUAUAGAAGUUAAAUGCAUGGCUCGUACCCGUAUACCCACGCCCCAUGGUCCAGCUUUCUUACACCUCUAUCACAAUAAUCGUGAUAACAAGGAGCAUCUUGCCAUUGUCGUAGACCCAGCUCAAUACUCGGACGAUAGUUCGCCGUUCUUUAGACGCUGUUGGAGUGAUGACGAAACUGACAUGGACCGCAUUAUACGCGGGGCAUACGUAGGAAAACUAUCCGCUGCAUCCCAACACCCGUCUCGUCCUUCAUCGCAUCAACCAUCUACCGCUCCCUCCGUCCCGUAUCCCCUUGUGCGUAUUCAUUCCGAGUGUUUCACUGGUGAAACCGUGGGUAGCAUGCGCUGCGACUGUGGCGAACAGCUGGACGAAGCCAUUCAUCUCAUUUCUCAACCUAUAUCUCUUCCCCACAACGCAUCACCUAAUUCAAGGACGAUGCCCGGCCGGGGUGCUGUAAUUUAUUUGAGACAGGAGGGCCGUGGAAUCGGUCUUCUGUCCAAAAUACGCGCAUAUAAUUUGCAGGAUUUAGGCCACGACACUGUCACAGCAAACUUAAUGCUCGGGCAUCAGGCCGACGAACGUGGGUACGAAAUUGCGGUCGCCAUUUUACGGGACCUUGGGCUUGGCUCGGAGUUUGGCGAGGGUGUUCGCUUAUUGACGAACAACCCUGACAAAGUUCAAGGUCUUGAGAAAGAGGGUCUGAGAGUUGUGGAGCGGGUGCCGAUGGUGCCUAGAAGCUGGAGACAUCGUUCUCACUCACAAGCGGGCGCAGGAGACGCUGAACUGGAUGCAGCUAAAACCCCAGGUGCAACGAUGAUCGGCGGAGAGGCGGUCAGAGGGGAGGACUUGGAUAAGUACCUUCGCACCAAGAUUCUCCGCAUGGGGCAUAUGUUACCGCUCUAUUUGGCAGGCGGGCAAGCCACAUCAUGA